GCAAAAACUACGGUGUCAAAUCGUUACACGAAACGGGUGUUAAACUACAGGUGUUAAACGUGGUGUUAGAACGGCACUGGCCGACACCAACUGGUGUAAGAUCCACUUCACUUUUGUAAUAUUCGUUGGUGUUAACUGCGUGCUAAUAAAAUGAAUCACUUUUUAACACCGGCUGGUGUCAAUCCCAUAAAAAAGAGAUCACGUGUGUGCAAUCCGAUGUUCCAAUUGGUUGAAAGUUUACAGAAAAUUCUCGCGCGAAUUUGAUCGCGAUCGCGUCGGAUUCGCCAUCUUGAUUCUUGGACAACAUGAUUGUUCGUGUGGUAAAGCGUCACCCACCAGGGGUUAAAAAUCAGAAAAAAAUUGUUAUUUUUGAUGGCGACCACGACAAGUUCGUAAAUAGUGUGCGUACUAAAUUUGGAUUUUCUUCAGACCAGUCUGUAAGAUUUGUUGAUAACAGUGAUGGGGCAGAAGUAGAAGAAGAUGUGAUGGCAGAACUUCUUACGGCAACAGGAGGAACAGUUGAACUCAUGGUCCUUUUAGAAAAUGAAGAUUGGGAAGUUGAGACUGCAAAUGCUAGAAGUGCAGUACCAGCAUCUGCAUUGCCUUCAGAGGCCCCGCCAUCAUCAUUAGACGAUCCAUCAGUCUGUGCUUUAAGAAGUCUAGCACCUGGUGCAUCGGCAGUAUCACCCUCUGCACUACCUUCAUCAUUGGAGUGUCCUCCAGGGAGUCAAGCAUCUGAUGCCCCUGCAGUAUCAGCCUCAUCGUUAACUUCGUCCAUGGAAGAUUCAGCUACGUUAAUAGAGAGAAUCUUGCAAGCAACGCCAGCCGGUGAAGCAGUUCUUUCAGAAUACAAAGCGAAAAACAAGUUCAGAGAUACUACCCGAAAAAUCCUGGUGAAUCUGCUUGUGCACCACAUGAUGGAAAUGCAUGGGAAAACACCCAGCUCUGAAGUAAAAACAAAGUAUGCCCGUGGAGUCGUAAACUUGUUCCCGUCUCUUAAAGAUCCACACACCAUAGGAGGCCAUGAAGCUUUCUAUGAUGAGAAAAGGAACAUGGGCUUCCUGGUCUAUCGAAUCAAGAAUUUGAACAGAGGAACGUCGCGUACAUCAAAACGCAGUGCCAAUGAAGGAGCAACAGGUGGUCCAUUAUGCAAGAGGGCAACACAGGUACCAGAUGAAGACUUGCAUGAUAAAACAACAGAUGUCAACUGGUUGAAGCACACUCCAGCAGCUGAUGAUCCAGCUGUCAUGAAGCAGAUAAAGGAGAAGUGGAAAACAACAGCUGCUUUAAGACGGCAAAUGGUUGACGAAUCAAAAACAGCUGGAAAGAUCAUCAUGGAAUUUCCAAAAUUCUUGAAGGUACCUGGGUUGGUGGAGAUAGAUUUUGGUCUCCUGCUGCCCAACAACACUAACAAGUUUCUGGAACAGUGGCCAAGCAUGGUGAAGCCUAUUGUUGAGUUAGCAAGAGAGGCACCAGCUGAAACUACAGCAUCAUUGUUGAAGUUAAUGGAUGGGAAGCUGAAAGAGAUUGAUUCAGAGGAUUCAGACGAGGAUCAGGUCAUGGAAUCAGAGGACGAGUUGGACGUAAAAUCCAAAUCCCCACUUGCUGAUAGUCAAGGUACAUGCAUGUUAAUGUACACUUUUCAUUUAACCCAAAUAGAGCCUGUUAUUUAG